CCCUCCCCGCCGGCGUGCACCCCGGCUCGGGUGUCUUCCGGAACUGGGCUUGCUGCGUCUGCGCACCCGGUCGUUCAGGCCGGGCUGAGCCAUCCCUGUGUCUGGGUUCGGAGGCCCGGGGUUUGGAGAGCGCGCAGCACGACUCGGGGGCAGGAGCAGGAACCGCCCUCCGGGCCCCACGGAGGGCAGUCCCAGGAUGCCCUGCGCCGCGCCCGGUCGGGACUCCACUUCCCAGUGGCCCCUGCGGCCGGCUCCGCUGCCCGCCCGAGCGCCUCGGCCCCUUUGUGAGCCUGCCUGUCCGGCCGAGAGCGAGGCCCCGCCCCGGCCCGCGGGGCGCUGGGCUCCCGGCUGCCGCCGGUGCGGAGGGAGGUGCCGACCCGCGGGGAGGAGGCGGUGAGGACGCCGGGGGCAGGCGUGCGCCCCGGCAGGCCUGCGGGGCUGGAGCGGGCGUACGAGGGGGCCUGGGACCGUGGGAGACCGUGUCGCCGUGUGUGAAAACUUGUCACCGUGUGCGUGCCCCUGUGUGUGACUGUGCGAACGUCUGUGACCAUGACAGUGACGGUGAGUGUGCGGCGGUGUGGCCGGCCAUGUGAGACGGCGUGAGGCUCUCGGACCUUAUGUUGCUGUGACAGUGCGACCCACCAGGGGUGCACGGGUGCCAGGCUGCCGGGAGAGCUGCCCGCCCGAAGACUGUGUGGCUCCGGCGGGGUCGGGGGGCGGGGCGGGUGCUUGGGGAGGCCAGGGUGCUCGAAGCGGGGAGACUGUGUCGGGCAGGAGAGCCUGAGAGGGACUGAGAUGAAGGGGAACGCUCGGGUAGGGAAGGAGAGGGGGAGCCCCCACUCCGGGUCUGGAGGGCCGGCGAGCAGUCUCCAGCCUUCUGUGGCACGGAAGGAAGAUCUUUCCUUUCCUCUCCUAGACUCUUCAUGUAUGUUCUUGGACAGCCCACCUACUGUGUGCUGUCCAUGAACAGGCAUGACUCCUGGUACCGAGCGCGAAGCUCUAUGCCCACCACUAUGCUAAAUGCCUCCUGUGGACCGUCUCAGGGUCCUCCCAGCAACGGGUGGGAGGCAGGUACCAUUUCACCGAAGAGGAAACUGAGGUUUGGAGCGGUUACUGGGUCAUGCAGGUUGCAGAGCUAGUGUGCGGUAGACGGUAGCCGAGGGCAGGUGUUCUGAUCCCCAGACCUGGCGGUUCUUAGCAUUACGCGGCUUUUGAGUUAAUUGCUUCGCUCUCCAAGGUAGCGAGGUUUAGCGGAAAACAACUCUUGAGGAGGAGUUUCAGUGACUGUUAAUGCAUAGUCCCUCCCUCAUCUCUUCUUGAGGAAACUGCUCAGAAAGUUAAGAGAUUGGUUUCCAGGUGCCGUAUGUCAUAAAUCAGGACUGCAAGCAGUGUUCCGGCUCUUUGGCCCACUGUCGUCCAGACCAAAGGAUCCCUCUGAUGCCUACUCUGUGUAAAGAUGCUUUCUCUGAGGCAUUGUUUGUAGCUUUAUCUUAUUUUGAAAUAAGGGUGGUAGCAUAUUCUCUUUUAUGAUCAUUAUCUGGUGGGAAGACUAAAAAGUCAGACCUGGAUUCCAACUGGGCUCACUUACUACCAGGGAGCCUUGAAUAAUUUCAGUAAUUUCACUGACGGACACCUUUCCUGUGUGAAGGGGGGAAAUAAUACUGACUUGAUAGUGCCAUUUAUGGUUUCUUUCUACCUCUCCAGCCUUAUUUUUCCAGGCACUGCCCUUCCAGUGAGGAGCGUGAAGUAGGACGACGGAGGAGCUGUCAUAAUUUCUUAAAUUCUUAAAGCCAUGUCCAAGGUUUUGGUGACAUUUGGGGAUGUGGCUGUAGAUUUCUCUCAAGAGGAGUGGAAAUGGCUGAACCCUGCUCAGAGGAAUUUGUACAGAAAGGUGAUGUUGGAGAACUAUAGGAGCCUGGUAUCACUGGCAGGAGUUUCAGUUUCUAAGCCAGAUGUGAUCUCAUUAUUGGAACAAGGAAAAGAACCCUGGAUGGUGAAGAAGGAGGGGACAAGAGGCACAUGCCCUGAUUGGGAGUAUACAUUUGAAAACAAUGAGUUUUCAUCAAAGCAAGUUAUUUAUGAAGAAACGUCCAAACUAGUGAAAAUGGGAAGAAGCCAUCUUAGUUACAGCCUUGACUGCCCCAGUUUGAGAGAAGACUGUAAAAGUGAGGACUGGCUUAAGAACCAGUCAGGAAGUCAGGAAGUACAUUCCAGACAACUGAUCAUCACUCAUAAAGGAAUCCUUACUGAAGAUCCAAGUAAUGAAUAUACUAAAUCUUGGCAAACUUUCCAUCAGGAUGCAAUAUUUGAUAUACAAAAGACUUUUCCCACCAAAGAAAGAGUACAUAAGCAUGAACCACAAAAGAGAAGUUACCGGAAAAAAUCUGUUGAAAUGAAACAUAAGAAAGUCUAUAUGCAGAAGAAACUUUUGAAAUGUAAUGAGUGUGAGAAAGUUUUCAACCAGAGCUCAUCCCUUACUCUUCAUCAGAGAAUUCAUACUGGAGAGAAACCCUAUGCAUGUGUUGAAUGUGGGAAAACCUUCAGCCAGAGUGCAAACCUUGCUCAACAUAAGAGAAUACAUACUGGUGAGAAACCCUAUGAAUGUAAAGAAUGUAGGAAAGCCUUCAGCCAGAAUGCACACCUUGCUCAACAUCAGAGAGUUCAUACUGGAGAGAGACCUUAUCAGUGUAAAGACUGUAAAAAAGCCUUCAGUCAAAUUGCACACCUGGCUCAACAUCAGAGAGUUCAUACUGGAGAGAGACCUUUUGAAUGUAUUGAAUGUGGAAAAGCCUUCAGUAACGGUUCAUUUCUUGCUCAGCAUCAGAGAAUUCAUACAGGAGAGAAACCCUAUGUAUGUAAUGUGUGUGGGAAAGCCUUUAGCCAUCGUGGAUACCUAAUUGUACAUCAGAGAAUUCAUACUGGAGAGAGACCGUAUGAAUGUAAGGAAUGUAGAAAAGCCUUCAGCCAAUAUGCACACCUUGCUCAACAUCAGAGAGUUCAUACUGGAGAAAAACCUUAUGAAUGUAAAGUAUGCAGGAAAGCCUUCAGCCAGAUUGCAUACCUUGAUCAACAUCAGAGGGUUCACACUGGAGAGAAACCCUAUGAGUGUGUUGAAUGUGGGAAGGCCUUUAGCAAUAGUUCGUCACUUGCACAACAUCAGAGAAGUCAUACUGGAGAAAAACCUUAUAUGUGCAAGGAAUGUAGGAAAACAUUUAGCCAGAAUGCAGGCCUUGCUCAACAUAAGCGAAUUCAUACUGGAGAGAAACCUUAUGAAUGUAACAUUUGUGGGAAGGCCUUUAGCUAUAGUGGAUCUCUUACUCUACAUCAAAGAAUUCAUACAGGAGAGAGACCCUAUGAAUGUAAGGAUUGCAGAAAAUCUUUCAGGCAGCGUGCCCAUCUUGCCCAGCAUGAGAGAAUUCAUACUAUGGAGUCAUUCUUGACUCCUUCCACUCCCUCACCCUCCAUGUCCAAUCAGUUGCCAAGACCUGUUGGUUUUAUCUCCUAAAUAUGCCUUGAAUCUGACUCCUUUAAUCCAUUUCCAUUCCAUCAUCUUUGUCCAUUACACAGUAAUCUACUUCAUAUGCACUAUGGAAAUAGCUUCUGAUGGGUCUCCCUGUAUUUACCAUUUCCUUUGUCAGUUGCCUCCACUGUGGUCAAACUUGUAUUUUAAAGGUUCAUAUCGCUUCCUCAUCGAUACCCUUCACUGGUACCCCAUAGUUCUUAGGUAAAAGCACACAGUCCUCAGAACAGCCUAAAAGACCCUCCUGCCCCAAAUACCUUGUCCCAGUAUACCUUCCAGUGAACCAAUUUCAUGUCAAAAUCCAUCUCAUUCUUUGGCUAUUUAUCCAGAAUUAAGAACUCAUAUUCCAGCAUCAAACCAAUCUAGGUUCUGAUCCCUGCUCAUCCAUUUUCUAAACCUCUAGUUUCAGAGAAACAUUUUGUUCUUUGUAAGGUUCAGUCUUCUUAUUUAUAUUACGGAAAUAAUAGUACUACCUCAAAAGCUGACGGGAGGAUUAAAUGAGAGAAUGCAUGUAAAUUGCUCAGAGUGCCUAGUAUAAUCAUUUAAUAAAUGUUACCAUAAAAUAAAAAGAUGCUGUGGUAUACAAAGAGGACCUGAUCAUCUCAGAAAGGUUCAUCUGAGAAACAAAAUCAGCAGCAGUUCAAGACUGAAGAGAUUAUAAAGAACUGGGAUUAGGAACAGUUCUGAAGGUGGGUGAUAAGAGUAUCUAACACAGUAGCACUGAUGUUAAAGUCCAUAAUGAUAUAGAGUAAGGCAUGACUUUGUUGGUAAGAAGAACUAACUUCAUUAGAUACUCAACAGUUCUAAGAAGCCAGAUUUUAAAAAUCAGAAGUAAUAAGUAGAAUUUACUGAGAUAUAUUCAUCAUUUGCAGUAAGACAAAGGCAAAAUAGAUAUUUUUUUAAAAAGACAGAAAAAUCAAUAACCAAAGAAUAGAAAAUAAAAUAUAAAUUUGAUGCCCUCGCCUAAUUCCAGGUGGUUGAACUAUAUUAAAUCCAUGUUGUUUAAAACUGAAAAUAUUGUUAAGGUAGUUUUAAACUAUAAUUCCUAAAACUAGAGGAGAAGAAAAUUAUAGACCAAUACUCAUAAACUGGUGGCCCACAAACAUGUUUGACUUGGUACUCAUCAAGUUUAAGAUGAAUUAAAAAAAAAAAAGAAUACAAAUAACUUUAUUUGGGCAUGUGUUUUCCAGUUCCACAGUUCAAACCAUUCCUCCUUCCUGUACAUCGGACUUAUUUUACAUUUUGUAUUACUUCCUGACUCCUGGAGGCUUUGAAUAUGCAAUCACCUUAGUAACUAAUUCACAUAUGAAUAUAGGUACAAAGAAACUGAUGAAAUGGAGGGUGAAAAUGAAGACUUGAAUAGACACUUAAUCCUGCAGGGGAAGACUAUUCUCAAGAUGUUAGAAGGCCCCAAAUUAAUCUACAGAUUCUUUGUACCUAUCAAAAUCCCAAGAAUUUUUUAAGGUCUGAAACAUUGUGUGCAUGUGAACAUACACACCUAUACAUUCAUACAAAUAUAUAUAUAAAUAAAAGUAAUUUGUCAGUGGCUUAACAGUAUCGUUAAAACUGAUUCUGCUCUGUACAAAACCAGUUUCUUCAAUCUUUUAUCCAAAUGUGUAUGAGUUAUUAGAGGACACAGUAACAUAAUUCAUAAUCAUAAUUCCUAAACAAGAUAUGAGAUCCAGAAGCAACACACAUAAGAUUCUAGGUUUGACUAUGUAAGAACUUUAUUAGGCUUUUAUAUAGUCAAGAGUAUAAACACAUAGUUUUUAAAUAUCAGUAUUAGAAGUAAUUAUUACAACAUACAUGAAAUCUAUAUCCUUAACAUAAAAGUGCUCCUACAAAUCACUUAGAAAAUGACACUACUAUUCCCAUGGCAAAGGAUAUAAAGAAGUAACAGGGAAUGAAUGUAAGAUAAAUACUGAACGUCACUAGAAUCAGAAGAAAUACAAGUUAAAAGAAUGAACUAUCCAUCUGUCAAUAUCAGAUUGAUAAAAAAUACACAUUGCAAAAACAGGAAAGGAGUACAUGUGGGAUUAUGAAUUUGUACACAUUUUUGGAAAGGCAACUUGUCAAUAUCAGAAUUUUCAUUAGAAAAAUCAAGAUUUUCUUUUGUAGUUAACAAACAGUAUAUAAAUUUACCUUCCUUCCAUAUCCCAUUAAAUGGAUAAUAUAAUGUAAAAGAUACCAAACAAAGUUCAGAAAACAGGGUUAUCAGUGGAUGAAAAGAGGAACAAAUAAAAGACAAAAGGGAGGAGAGUGUUCCUUCAUGAAAUGUAGCAAAGGCUGCUGCGACCUGAAAUGUUUGAAUGAUAGGGAUUUCAGUAACAGGACCCACUCUGCCCAAAUGCUGUGUACAUCCCCAGAGGACACUGAACUUCAAGCUGGUUUGUAUAUAGAGGCUGGGGGUUGUGGGGAGGUUGGUAAUGAGGAAAAACAAUGACAAGACUGUGAAAGCCUUUUCUGUGUGGAAGCCAACAGUUUCCUCACUCCACCCUCUCUUCUAGAAAUUGAAUAGGAUCCUUACUUCACACCAUCCACAAAAAGGGAGUUCCAAUUGAUUAAAAUCUUAAAUGUAAAACUAACAAGUAAAAGUAUUAUAAGAAAAUAUAGUAGGAUAUAUUAAUUGGUGUCGGACAUAGGUUUGUAAAAAAGAAAAUACUCUUAAAAUAUAAAACAACAAAAAGGAGGAAAUUCUUUGUAAUAUAAUACAAAGGGAAAGAUGUAAGAACACCUAUAAAUAAGCAAAGGCCAACUGAGCAAGUAUAAAAAUGGACAAAAUACGAGAAUAGGCAAAUCAUAGAAGAAACAGGUAGCUGAUGAGUCUCUGCCUAACCUCACUGGUAUUGAAAUGCCAAUUUAAAUAGUGUAUUCUGA